GAUAAAAUAAAAAAUAUGGGCCCAACGAUACUUUCCCAAUUUGGGCUUCUCUUAAAUCCUCAAUUAUUAUCGUCUCAAGCUCUCUCGAGCCUUCUUCAGAACUCUUCUUCUUUUCGUGCUUUUCACAUUCCCGCCAACAGAGAGUAGAAAUCUUCUCCCACAAAACCUCAGAUGAAUCAUCCCAAGAUUCCGACGCCGGGUAAACAAAUGGAAGCUCCUCGCUCCGUCGGAGGAAGAAUACAGAGGAAACCGCUCGCGGAUUGUACUAACACCGUCUCCAGAUCUUCUCAACAGUCAUCUUCUUCUGUAAAAUUCGCGAAUCCGAGUCUCACUUCUUCACUAAAGAGAUUAGUAGAACAAACUACGCUCAAGGAGAAACCCAAAGAUGUUAAUACUUCGGCGACUGCUCCCGAAAUCGCUUCUCGGCCUAUUACCACGGACGUUAGACCCGUAACUCGCCGUAUGUCUGCUGAUCUGGCUUCUCCGGCCUCAGCUCCUUCUCGUCCCCAAACAUCGCGAUCUGAUAUGGGUGUUAGUGACAAGGAUUUUACUGAGCCUUGGUCUGUUUACACGGUAAGAAGGAAGGCCUCUGGACAAAAAAGAAGUAAAGACGCAUCUUCCUCUACUAGUGCAGCAGCUCGCAUUCGUCUCGACUUGUCAUCAAGCUCUGGGAAGAAAACACGUCAAGCUAGUGAAAACAAAAAGAAGACCUUGAAAGUGGCUCCAAAAAAGAGACAGCGGACGGUAAAGCAAGAGAAAGAGGAUCCGGUUAGUGCAGCUUGUCAGGAUUAUAUCGAGAAGCAGAAAGCUUACUUUGCAGAGAUUGAUGCAUUUGAGCUGCCAGUAGAAGAGGUAUCUAAUAGCGACUCAGACUAA